CACCGCGGCUCCUGUAGCGGCAGGAGGAGCAGCAGCAGGAGGAGGAGAGCAUGACUGGUCCCUUUGACGUGGAAAUAUUUCCGUAACGAGGCGAUGGAGGAAUAGCAGCACCGUGUAGCUCCGAAGCUAUCCCCGCAUUAACCUGAUAUCCAGACGCGGGAUUUAGCCCGGAUCCCGGACGGGUCUGGGGUUCACGGGAGAAAACGGACUACAGUCUGUGGACAGACUGAACCCUUUGUAUCCCCCGCCUCCCUCCAUUCAGCUACAAUCAUGAUUAAAGCCAUUUUAAUAUUCAACAACCAUGGGAAACCGAGGCUGUCUAAAUUCUACGAACAUUAUAAUGAAGACACAGAGCAACAGAUCAUCAGGGAAACCUUCCACUUGGUGUCCAAAAGAGAUGAGAACGUGUGUAAUUUCCUGGAAGGUGGAAUGUUGAUCGGAGGAUCAGACUACAAGCUGAUCUACAGACACUAUGCCACACUCUACUUUGUGUUCUGUGUGGACUCCUCAGAGAGUGAGCUAGGAAUAUUAGACUUAAUCCAGGUAUUUGUGGAAACGUUGGACAAAUGCUUUGAGAAUGUCUGUGAACUUGACUUAAUUUUCCAUGUAGACAAGGUUCACAACAUUCUUGCAGAGAUGGUGAUGGGCGGCAUGGUCCUGGAGACCAACAUGAAUGAAAUCAUCACACAGGUGGACGCCCAGAACAAGAUGGAGAAAUCUGAGACGUUUAUCUUUCAGUCUACCAGGCAGGACAGGUAGACACAGGUACUGCUAAAUUUACAACCAAGUCCUUUAACCAUAAAUCAAAGUUGACCUCCCCCACAAGCCCCUCUCUAUAGACCUCCAUGUAAUAAUAAACUGAUGUCACUAACAUACAGUAGGAAUCUUUCUCAGCAGACCCAAAAAUGAUUCAGUUCAACAGUCCUCAUCACUUUGGUGAAUGUAGACCAGAUUAUCAAAAUAUCAGUAUGAUGCAGCCUGUAAGGAGCUUUGAAAACAGGACUUAUUUGUAAAGUUAAAAGUUGAGCUGCUGUUUGUGAAUUAAAGGAAUCAUUUAAUACUUUUGGAAAUAUGCUCAUUCCCAAGAGUCAAGAGUUCUAGGAGAGGAUUAGUACCACUAACAUAUCUGUACGCUAGAUACUGUAAACUGCUGCUGGCAUGUGGUUAGCUUAGCUUAGCAAAAAGAGUGGGAACUAGAGGAAACGCCGAUCAAGGCUCCAUACAAAGCUGCCAACCAGAACUUCUAAAGCGCUGUCAAAAUAGUUUGUUUGUUUUGUCAAUAAAACAAUCAAAGUUACUUUUUUUCCCCCAGGGGUUUCAGAGCAUUUCAGUUGACAAGUAGUUAGUUAAACAUGAAGUUACUUGUCCUGGUAUAAUGCCACGAUGUAAACCCUGGUAAAAUGACAGUUUGUCACAUUGAUGAAACAAUGAGAUGUAAUUUGUUCAUUUUAAGGCUUUAGAGGUGUUACUAUAUAACUAUAUAUAUGUGUAUAGACACAUACCUAUAUAUAUAUUCACCCUUUAAUCAAGGCUAAAUGUUGCCCCCCUUUUUCACUCUUUAUGCUUGGCUAAGAUUAGCAUCUGCUAGCUUUAGCUAAAUGUUCAUCUGACAGACAUGAGAGUGAUAUUAAGUUCCUCAUUUGCAACUUUUGAUUAGUUGUUUAAAAAUUGCUCUUUCCAGCCUCUAAUACUUAAGGAUUUGCUCCCUUUCUUUUUCAUUAAAGCCGCUGUGAUGAGUUUUGAGAUUUUUAUGAAGCUGACUGAAAUUAAUGCUGAUGCCUCUAUUUGACCGACAAAAGAAAACAAGACUGUCAGUAACCAGAAAGAUCAUUUUUUUAUUAGUGAUUUUUAACGCUUGCAACCAAUUAUGGUAGGUGUCGAUGAAGUGAGUUAUAACAAGCUGCAGAAACAGACUAUAUUUAUAUUUUCCACAGCAAAUAUUCACAAUGGGUGAUUGGUUUGACUCUUAAAAGUAAGCAGGAUGGGGAGCUGGUUUAGCUCAGAUGGUAGAGCAGGUAACCCGACUGAUCAGAGGUUUAACUCCCGGCUGCGAUCAUUUAGGGCAUCUCUCUCUCUCUUUCUCUCUCCCCACGUUUCUUGUCUCUCCUCAGCUUUCAAUGUCAGAAAAAGGCUAAAUCGCCCCCAAAAAUGUAUUUGGAAAAAAAGGCACGAACAAGAUCAGCAAAGCGAUAAGAAUGACCUCUUUGUCCAGAAUGGGCGGCAAAAUCGAUGCAAACUGAAUGUUCCUAUAGUAACGUAAUGAUUACCCGAAUGUCACUUCAGGCUCUGGAUAAUUGGGAUGAGCAUUUUUUUUUCCCUUUUAUUGAAACAUAUACACAACACCUAAACAUUUAUUUGUUAAAAUAUUUUCCACCAAUAAAUCCAUUAUAAAAUGUAUUGUUAGUUGCAGCUCUUUAGCUAACUGAUGUUAAAUAAAGAAAAUUUUCCCCAUGAUCUCUUAGCACUGACAUCCCUCACAGACCUGAAAUGGGUUAUUUCUCGAGCCUUUAAUAAGGUUCAUUGAUGUACAUACACUCGAGAAUCAAUCCUCUGUUGUGUGCUACACAGCUGGUGAUACUAUUCCUGUACAUAUAUUAGUCACCCAGCAUUUGAUUUAACACCUUACUAUAUUAGAUCAGCACAGUAGGUCUCUAGUCUACCCACUGUGAGGGAACAUAAUCUGGAAUCUGAGUCCUGAAUAGUGACCCGUGUGCUCGAUCAGCAUUCCUCUCUUUUAAUGCCGUGGUCAUCCGUCCAUGUGAUACGAGUCUCCUUGAUUCUUGGCAGAGAAAGGGAUGCCUGUUAGACAAACGGUGCAUUGAUAUAACCUUGUGAAAGUGGAUAAAUCUACAUUCCUCACAUACUUUUUCGGGAUCAUCUCACUUAAAGGUCAACAAGACUCCUCAUGAACAUUUACUUCUCUCUGUGUUCUUCUUUAGUUAAGCCUUUGGGUCAUUUUUGGGUCUUCCUGCUAAAGAUUCAGUUGUAGGGGGGAUCUCUAACCGCAGUGAUUCUCAAAUGUCUGACCACACAAGACUAAAAUACAUCCAAUCAUUUUCCUCUAUACAAAUGUGUUUUUUUUUUUGUUCCAAAAGCUGAAACCACCUUCAUGCUUUAAAAAACACUAAAUUAUUUGUAUGAAUAUUCCCAUUGAGUUUCUGUGUGUUAGAGUGAAGAGCCUCCCGUGUUCCUCAGAGUAGAGCUCACAUUGUAGUCUAGCACUAAUUGGCUUAAAACCCCCUCAUGUCAUCAGUAGUUAACACCAUAGACCUGAAAUGGCACGAUUGUCUUCUUACUCUACUCACAAAUGUUGUUUCAAUGUACCUAAGGUAGCUCCACUCUUUCUUGAGGUAACUCAACCCACUAGAAGUACAGCAUGACCUGUAAUAUUUCCGCUGUUAUUACCUUGAUAUGGUUUUUAAAAUUUGACACACACAAAUCUGUCUAUCCAAACAUCCUUUCCGUCUUCACAUCCAAGUCCAUUUUUCUGCUUUAUCCAAUUCUCUCCUCACAUUUUUACCCAAAUCGGUCCUCAAGAGUCCGGUGGGUUCACUUUCCAAGCAAGCUGCCUUUUUGUCCAUUUAAUGAAUGUCCCAAACUGCUCAGUACGUCAGAAUUCGUGAAUGGUGUAGUUCAGUAUGUCCUCACUCAGUUGAUUCGUAAUUGGCUCUGGUUGUGGUGUAAAUCAUUCUGAAACCAAAUAAUGCAUGUGCAUAUGAAGCUAUGAAGGCAUCUGAAUGUACAUGUGCACAUAUUGUUCGUCUUAGUAGCUGUCAGUGCUUUUGCAUUUUGUCAGCAGUUUUCUGUCUUAGUACUCUGUUUAGCAUGUGUGUGUGUGUGUGUGUGUGUGUGUGUGUGUGUGUGUGUGUGUGUGGUGUGUGUGGGUCCAGUCUUCAGUGUUAAAUGUGUUGUCAUAAAUAGCAUGUUGCAUCUUUUUUACUAAUUUGUAUCUUAUCAACCCUCCGUGUGUGUGUUUUGUGUGUGU